AUGUAUGGUGACCGAGUAGCUCUGCUUUUCGCCCUUGGCCUUGAACACCAUGAUGCUGGGAUUGACGGUCACAUGCAUGAGGCCAUUGGAGGGAUUAACGACAGCGACGUUAUCGGCGGCGUUGUCGAAAGCUGGUUGGGAGCCGCUGCAGCCAAUGUAGAGAGGGUGGCCGUCACCGUCACUGUUGGAGAUGGCACCGUAAUCGUCAUCCUCUGGGGGGGCAAGGCGGAGGCACUGCAAUCUGAAAUAGUCAUCGGCGGUCACAUCGUACACCAGUCCCGGGUCAAUGGCCUUCUGCGGGUCCACGUGGCCAGCCCCCCUGGCCCACACAGAUGCCUCGGCCCCGUCGUCUAG